AUGAGCCAAGGUAAUAGAGAAUUGUCAUAUUCUACUCAGUCUACAGAAAUAAAUGGUAUUUCACACUAUGGAUCACCUGUAAUACAUUUUAUCAAACCUUCUCAUUGUAAUUAUCGAAAUUUUAAAAACAUUGGGAGAUCAACAAAUGGAGAAAAAUUUAACAACGUCACUUGUAAAAGAAUAAAACGUCUUGAAAAACCUCCAGUCUCACUCAAUCCAAGUAAUUAUUCUCGACAAACUGGACGAAAUCAAUAUUUUAUUAUAAAAAUGUCAAUUAAAUCGCAAGCUGUUAAUAAUAUUGGGAUUAAUCAAUCUAGAUCAACAUUCGAUGAAGGUUCUUUGGAUACUAUUAUUUUACGAUCAAAAUCAAAAUUAACCACCACGUCUUCACCAAAUAUAGUAACAAAAGUUGCAACUUUUCGAUCAACUCAAGUACAUGAAAACCAGAGUUCGAAGACGAGAAACUCAACGGAUAAAUCUUUCGGAGGUUUAAACGAAAUAAAAACCGUCGGUACAAAGAAAAAACGGUCUCCUGUCAAGCGUUCAAGAUUACCUGUAUGCACAAUUGCCCUCCUUGCUCUUCUUAUUAGCGUAGCUAUUGCUGGAAUUGUCACUGGUAUUGUGGUGAUUUUGAAAAAUACAAGAACAACAGCGAUAAAGGCAACAAUGAAACCAGUGAUAUGUCCAUCAGCUGUUUGGGAUCCAAAUGGAAUUACAGUGGCCGGAUCAUCUAGUGGCAAUCCCGGUUCAACGCCAUCAUUAUUAAAUGGGCCCUAUGAUCUUCGAGUUGAUUCAGCACUUAAUGUGUAUGUAGCGGAUUAUUGGAAUUAUCGUUUCAUUAAAUGGUUUCCGAAUAGUACAAAUGGAACAGUUAUUGGUCCGAAGCUUGGUAAAAGUCCGCCUGUAGAUACACAGCAUCUGAAUACAGCUACAACUCUAUGUUUCGAUUCAACUGAAUCUAACUUGUAUCUAUCAGAUACAUCCAAUUGUCGUAUUCUAAAAUUAAAUAUAGCAACAGGAAAUAUCACAGUUAAGAUUGGUUCAGGUUGUGGUAAUGCUCUCAAUCAAAUCUACUGGUGUGAUGGAUUAUAUGUCGACCGAUUUGAUAAUAUGUAUGCUGCUGACUUUUGCAAUGGUCGUGUACUUAAAUUUCCUCCUAACUCAAAUGUAUCUACAAACGGUACUAUCAUAGCGGGAACUGGUGUGAGAGGUUCAGCUCUCAAUCAACUAGAUACACCCUACAAUAUUUAUGUUGAUGAAUCUGAUAACGAUACAUUGUAUGUAUCAGAUUAUUAUAAUCAUCGUGUAAUGAAAUGGCUGCAAAAUGCUACAAAUGGAAUAGUUGUCGCAGGAGGAAACGGUGCUGGAUCAUCCUAUACACAACUGACAAAUCCACAAGGUGUUUUUGUUGAUUCAUUUGGAACAAUCUACGUUGCUGAUUAUGGUAAUCAUAGAAUAAUGAAAUGGUUGAAAGGUGCAACAAAUGGAACGCUAAUAGCAGGUAUUUCGGGAAUUGCAGGAAACACGGCAAUGUACUUGUCGAAUCCUUCUGGAAUUCAAUUUGAUAAGAAUGGAGAUAUGUAUGUUUCUGAGUAUACAAAUAAUCGUGUUCAACGAUUCACAAUUAACAAUACUUCAUGUUAA